UUGAGUGCUGGCUCACAUGCUGUUGAUUUUUAGAUUUCUCUCUACUGAGGAUCCUGAAACCGUAAAUAUAAGUAUUCGACAGUUUCUCCAUGAAAAGUUAUAAGAUGCUGGAGGACCCCGUAAAGUAGAUUCUGAAUCAGUUGAAAUUAAAAGCUGUGGAACAUGAAGGAAUAAAUCUACAAGCCAAAGUCUCAGGGUCGUUGGUGGGACAGAGGUUGAAGAGGGUGAAUGGCCAUGGCAAGCUAGCCUGCAAUGGGGUGGGAUCCAUCGUUGUGGAGCAACUUUAAUUAAUGGCACAUGGCUUGUAUAUGGAUCCAGCCAGAUGGACUGCUUCCUUUGGAGUAACAAUAAAGCCUCCAAAAAUGAAACAUGGCCUCAGGAGGAUAAUUGUCCAUGAAAAAUAUGAUUAUCUAUCGCAUGAAUAUGAUAUUUCAGUUGCAGAUUUUUCUAGACCUGUUCCUUAUAGUAAUGAAGUACAUAGAAUUUUUCUCCCUGAUGCUUCUCAUGAUUUCCACCCGGGUGAUCAGAUGUUUGUGACAGGAUUUGGAGCACUGCAAAAUGAUGGUGACAGUCAAAAUCAUCUUCAGCAAGUACAAGUGGAUCUCAUAGACACUAAAAUAUGCAACGACCCUCAAGUUUACAAUGCUGCCAUAACUCCUAGAAUGUUAUGUGCUGGCUCCUUGAAAGGACAAAGGGAUGCAUGCCAGGAAAUGGAAGAGUUUGUCCAGAGCUCUGGAGAAAAUGGCAUUGUAGUGUUUACUCUUGGGUCAAUGAUCAGUAACAUAACAGAAGAAAAGGCCAAUGUGAUUGCAUCAGCCCUUGCCCAGAUUCCACAAAAGGUUCUGUGGAGAUUCAAUGGCAAGAAACCAGAUACCUUAGGACCCAAUACACAGCUCUAUAAGUGGGUCCCACAAAAUGAUGUCCUUGGUCAUCCAAAAACCAAAGCUUUUAUAACUCAUGGUGGAGCCAAUGGAAUCUACGAAGCUAUCUACCACGGGAUCCCUAUGGUGGGCAUUCCUUUGUUUGCGGAUCAAUUCGAUAACAUCGCUCACAUGAAGUUCAAGGGGGCAGCAGUGAGUCUGGACUUUUUCACAUUGACAAGCAAAGAUCUACUUAUUGCUUUGAAGACAGUCAUCAAUGACCCACUCUAUAAGGAGAAUGCCAUGAAGUUAUCAAGAAUCCACCAUGACAAGCCCAUAAAGCCCCUGGACCGAGUGGUCUUCUGGAUCGAGUUUGUUAUGCACCACAAAGGAGCCAAGCACCUUCGCCCAGCUGCCCUUGACUUGACCUGGGCACAAUUCUACUCUCUGGAUGUAACUGGAUUCCUGCUGGCCUGUGUGGCAAUUGUCACUUUCCUAAUCAUAAAAUGUUGCUUGUUUGGCUAUAGAAAUUUUCUGAAGACAGGGAAGAGGGAAAAGAAGGAGUAGAGUUCCUUGAGACCUAAGGCUAUCAGGCAUGGUAGGUAGGCUUACUCUCUUUAAUUCAACCACUAUCGUUCAAGUUGUGAGUUAUUCUAUCCUCACAGGGGAAUAAAUA